AAACAGAGAGAGAGAGAGAUAGAGAGAGGGAGGGAGGGAGAGACUGAUUGCAACAUUAAUUAUGCAGUUUUUUUUUAAAAAAAAUCCAACAGUUUGGAAAAAACAGUUAGGAGGGGAGUAAAGUCUCUCUGUCUCCUUAAUUGCAUUUAAUUUAUCUGCAUUACAGACAAAGACAGACCGGUGGAAAGAGGGUGAGUGAACAGAAAGACUCUUUCCAUUUUGAUCCGAGGGAGCAGUAAGAAGUACAGCACCUCCGUGGACUCUCUUUCCGAAGACAUCCAUGGCGCCCUCUGUUCUGUGGAUCCCUCUCCUUCUGCUCCUGUUUGCUGCCCUGCUGGAAAGCAAAGCCUACCAGAAGAUAUCCAACAAAGCCAUCAACCCAACUAAGCCGGCCCUCCGCCAUCUCUCUGACUAUUUACUGGCCAACUACACCAAGGGCGUUCGGCCCGUCCGGAACUGGAGGAAGGCCACCAACGUGGCCAUUGAUUUUAUGGUCUACGCUAUUCUGAGUGUGGAUGAAAAAAACCAGGUCCUGACAACAUAUAUCUGGUAUAGACAGCAUUGGAUCGAUGAGUUCCUGCAGUGGAACCCAAAGGAUUUUGACAACAUCACCCAGAUGUCUGUUCCUACUGAUGCCAUCUGGGUCCCAGAUAUCCUGAUCAAUGAAUUCGUGGAUGUGGGCAAAUCUCCCGAUAUUCCCUAUGUCUACAUCCUCUAUGAUGGGGAAGUGAGGAACCUCAAGCCCGUCCAGGUGGUAACUGCCUGCAGCCUGGACAUUUACAACUUCCCCUUUGAUGUGCAAAAUUGCUCCCUGACCUUCACCAGCUGGCUUCAUAACAUCCGAGAUAUCAACAUCUCUCUGUGGCGGUCCCAAGAGGAAGUGAAGCAUGACAAGAGUGUCUUCAUGAACCAGGGUGAAUGGGAGCUUCUGCAUGUUCUCCCCCAGUUCCGAGAAUUCAGUGUGGGAGACAGUGAUUACUAUGCUGAGAUGAAGUUCUUUGUGGUCAUCAGGAGGCGCCCUCUGUUUUAUGCUGUCAGCCUCCUGCUCCCCAGUAUCUUCCUCAUGGUCAUGGACAUUGUGGGGUUCUACCUUCCUCCGGACAGCGGGGAGAGAGUUUCCUUCAAGAUCACCCUGCUCUUGGGCUAUUCCGUUUUCCUCAUCAUUGUAUCAGACACUUUGCCUGCCACGGCCAUUGGGACCCCACUGAUAGGGGUUUAUUUUGUGGUCUGCAUGGCUUUGCUGGUCAUCAGCUUGACCGAGACCAUCCUCAUCGUGCGGCUGGUCCACAAGCAGGACUUGCAGCCCCACGUCCCCGAGUGGGUGAAGCGCUGGGUGCUGGAGAGGGCGACCAUUCUGCUCUGCGUCCGAGACAGGAGCGCCUUCUGUCCCGUCCGAACGCAGAGCUCUGAUAUCUCCAGGAACACAGAGAACAACGAUAGCACCGCCAAACUGAACCACUACAGCUGUGAAAACACCCGUGAUGAUGAAGGCGCAGAAAGCAGCGCCAUGCAUCGGACGCAAGGGGAGAACUCACAGGUGGUGGAGAAUAUCCUGCAGGAGAUCAUGGCCAUCCGGCAGUUCCUGGAGAAGCGGGACGAAUUCCGUGACAUUGCCCGCGAAUGGCUCCAGGUGGGCUAUGUUCUGGAUGUGCUCCUUUUCCGCACCUACCUGGUCGCUGUGCUGGCUUACAGCGUUACCCUGGGCACUCUGUGGUCCAUCUGGCAAUAUGCCUGAGCCACUCACCUGCCCCACAGAGAUGGACUGGGCAGGCCAUGAUGCUCCACAAGUCUCCUGGGGAUGUCUUUUAAUAAGGGAGAUCCAGCAGGAUCCCAGGUAUUUCUGCUGAUGUUCUUGUUUACAGACUGGCACCUUUAAAUGCUGGUGAUUUGAAGUGUCUCUUACAGGCUGGUCUGUUCAUGUCUGCUUUGUUAUUAUGGGGCCACUCUGGCUUAGCAAGCUUGUGCCUGCCGCUCUCAGCUGCCCAGUGGCAAAAAAAUUUUUUUUUGAGAUGCCUGCCAUUGCACCCACGUGACAUUUCUACACACAUUUAAAACACUGCUCUCAGCAUUGCAUGCUGGCAAACCAACCUCUAAUCCAGUGCCCUGAACUCGGCUGGUAAAAGGGAAGUGGAGAGGAGAAUGGGCAUGAGAUAUUUUUUGCAAAAGGUUUCCUUUUGUCUUCCUGUCCUCCUCUCAGUUCUGCCCUCACUUCGGAGCUUCUUUCUCACCUCCCUCUCAGAGAGAGCAAGCCACGUCCCCCCAUACAUCCUUAUUGUCAUUGUUGUUGUUGUUGUUUUGAU